AUGCCGCCUCGUGACUCCGAGCGGAAGAAGCACAGGGACCGGCGCGAUCGGGACCGGCGCGAGCGCAGCCGCGACCGGGGCAGGCGCCACGACGAGGAGGAGCCGCGCAAGCGCCGGUCCGGCUUCAGCUCCGGCUGGGACCUCUCCUCGAACCAGGCGCCGGCGUGGCCCUCUGCGGCGUGGGGCCCUCUGGAGAGAACCUCUGGAGAGAUCGCCGGCCAGCGCAGCGCGGCCCGCGCCGACCAAACAGGGCCCGACGUGGCGAUGCCGCUCAUCUCGCCGCAGCUGAUGCAGGAGACGCGGCUCGGGAGGCGCGUGUACGUGGGCAACACGCCUGCGAGCGCCCUCCUCCUCUUCGACGGCAUGGACUACCGAGGCAGGCAGCUCAAGGCUCUCUCCCUCGUCCACCCUCCCUCGCCGGGCACGCUGCUGCACUCGGCGCUCAACGGGCUCACACGCAUCAAGGGCGUCGUCUCCUCGGACGUGCCCGACGGGCCGAACAAGGUCUUCCUCGGCAACGUGCCAAACCACCUGACCAACGUCGCGCUCGGCACCAGCGGCUACGGGUCGGGGACCGCGGCUCCGCCCGCCCUGACGAUGAAGCCGCCGCCGCCGCCUGGAGGGGGCUACGGCGCACCAUCGCCGGGCGCCGGCGGCUUCAGCCCGACCAACCCGAUGGCGCGGCUUCCCGGGUUUGUCGCCGGCGGCGUCGUCCCAGCCACGAUGCGGCCACACUAA